AUGGCUGGUACACUCAGACCACCGCACCCAACACCGAACAGCGCGAGGCAAGGCGCUCAGCGCCCAAAGAGGAAGGGAGAGCUCCUGCCACCAAGGGGUCAACCCGGUGGGCUGGAUGACCCGAACCGGAGAAAUCUCUGCGGUUCAAGGGUCAAGUGGUACCUCCGGUACCUCCAGCAGGGACUCAACCCCGAUGAAGCCCUGAAAAAGGCCAAAGAGCCCAGGGAGGAGAUUGCAGCACCCGCGCCAGCCUCGAAAAGGCGGAGCAGCAGUCUCACACCUCCGGUGGCCACCCCCAAGAGGAUGUGCCCGGGGGUUGUGGGCGCUGCCCGCGGCUCGGCAGCGGCAAAGGUGCUGAAGAACAAUGGGGCAGGUAAUCUGGACCUGCGCCCAAGCACAUCGCGUGCAGCGGCCACGAAGCCCAGCUCGCCGACACCCACCGAGCCUCGCCUGUCCUAUGCAGACAUGGCAAAAAUGGUAAAGGUGGCUGUGUUGCCCGUGGGCUUCGCAAGGGUCAUGCUCAGUCACGGAGAUUUAUCUGUGUUGGAAGAGGCCAUCAUUGACGAAGUCAUUGCAUCUGAUGGAGAUGUCGCGGUCUCAUUCGUGGGCAUUCACUUCCGGGUUGGAUUCCUGGUAAUUGAAUGCUCCGAUGAGACCUCAGCCGAUUGGCUAAGGAUUGCAACUUCGAGGCUACAGUCGUGGAAGGGCGUGCCCCUUGAGUGCAAGGUUGGGGACGACAUACCGUCGCCCCACUGCAUCACGCUGUUCUGCCCCAGGAGUGCAGCUCGGUCUACCGAAUCCCUGUUGGUUCUGCUGAGGAACCAGAACAGGAUCGAGACCGACACCUGGAAGGUGAUCUCCAGGAGGAACGAGGGUGGAGGAGCCCUCCUGGUGAUCGGGAUAGAUGAACUAUCCAAGAAUGUUAUUGUGGAGAAGGGGCACCAGGUCUUCUUCCGUUAUGGGACCAUCCCCGUAAGCGGACUGAAGAAAAAGAAGACUGGAGAAAGGCCCCAACUUGCUCCAACGGGCAGAGAGGAUGUCUCGGUGGGCAACAUCACCACAUCGGACACUCCUGCCCCGGAGCAGGGCAGUCCGACUGCGCAGCCCACCGACCCGUCGGAGGACCUCGCAGAUGACGAAGAACUGGCAGAUGCGACGCUCUGCCAGGCGGAGAUGCUGGGGGACGACGAUAUCCCCAUGUCCUCGCAGGAGCUGGAGGAGCAGCUGCAGGAUGCAGCUGAAGCUGACGUCACUAUGACGAGCAGCGGUGGCGGGGACUGCUCCAGGCCCCAUUCACCGUGUCAGCUGGAGCCUCCCCAAAAGUAG